AUGUUGGAGCUUGAUGAAACAAUGGGAAAUAUAAAAUUUUUUAAGAUGGCUAUGGAAAAAGCCAAAUUUUCAGCACCAUGGAUGAAGAAGAAAGAAUGCACAAGUCAACAGUGGAAUCCAUAUAGUUUUGAAGGAGGAACGACGGCUGCAAUUGCUGGUGAAAAUUUUGCAAUAGUGGGUGGUGAUUCACGAUUAACACAAAGUGAAGUUAACAUUUUAAGUCGUGGCGCUGAUAAGAUACAUCUUCUAAAUGAUUCGAUAAUUUUAUCAUCUGCUGGAUUCUGUGGUGAUAUCCUUCAGCUGAGAAGACUUCUUCAGCUUACUUCUUUUUUUAUCAUUAAGGCUCGACUACACAAAUAUCGUUUUGAUUAUCGCGGAGAUAUGACAGUUGACCUUUGUGCUGAAUUGCUAUCAAGAAAUCUUUAUUACCGACGCUUUUUUCCUUAUUAUACGGAAUCGAUACUAUCUGGGAUCGAUGAAAAUGGUAAAGGAGCUGUUUUCAGUUACGAUUCUUUAGGAAUGUUGUCUCCUUCUCCUUAUGCUGCUUCGGGACCAGGAGAACCGCUAAUAAUGCCAUUUUUUGAUUGUCAGAUAUCUCAUGUGACUCUCUCAGAUGAGGUUGAAAAACCGAUAUUAUCGAUUGAACGAGCAAUUUCACUAAUGAAAGAUGCUUUUCGUAUGGUUACUGAACGUGAAAUUAGCACUGGUGAUAAAAUGCAUUUAGUGAUUGCAGAACAUGAUAAACCUAUUCGGAAACUUAUUGUUCCUUUGCGUGAAGAUUAA